AUGAUUUUUUUUAAUAUACUUUAUUGCAUUUGUGUAAUGAAAAAUACACUAGGAAGGCAGAAAAGAAAAAGAUACAAAGUUUCCACUUGUAAACUCACUUUUAGAUCAAAAAAUAGUUAUUAUAGCAACAAACAUCACCAGGAUAAUAGUAAACCUGAUUUUAUUAAUAAUCAACACCAAAACAAUUUUACCGAAAAAGUACAAAAACAAAGUAAAAAUAUUUCUGUAGAACAAAAAUUCAAUAACUCGACACUAAAUUCUAUUAAUGACAUUAAUUGUUCUAACUAUUUUCUGUUAUUUGAUACAAAUAAUGAUAUUAGUAAUCUUAUUUCUAAUCUCCAAACUGAUUUAAAUAGUAUUAUUAAUAAAUUCAAACGUAAUAAUUUGCCUCAAAAAAUUACUACAAGAAAAGUUCUAAUAAUUAAAAAUAAAAUGGAUACCUACGAAAGAGAGUGGAAAUUAAAAAAUAAAAAUUUGCAUAAUAUUAUCACUAACAAGUUAUAUAAACUUAAAAUACACAUAAGAAGAUUAGUAACAGAACAAAGCAAGCAAGAAAGACUUAUUCAAAUAGUAAAAAUUGUUAGAAUAAUUUUAAUAAAAAUUUAUAUUUUGAGAGUAAAGUUCUCAAACACAUCAAAUGAUUUUAUUUAUAAAUUGAAAUGUUAUGUUUUUAUUUUAAAAGUGGUACGGCAUUUAAAAUAUAGAAUUCCUUCAGACUGUUUUAUUGAAAGGCUUAGAGAUGAAAUUGGUAUUAAUACAGAAAGUAGUUAUAAUUUAGAUGCCGAUGUUAAUUAUGAUUUUAUUGAAAAAGAGGUAUUUGAUAUGUGGGAUUAUUUUGACAAAUAUUUUCAACCUCUUAAGAGAAUUAUAGCAAAGAUGAAAGAAUCAGUAAUAAUAACCUAA